AUGGUGAAAGUGUUUCUUUUGUAUCUUCUUCAAGGUGGUCGAGUAUUAUCAGUGUGCUCAGAUUUCCUCAAUAUGGCCGUCCCACUCUUUGCUUUCGAGCUGCCCUGGACCUCUAGCCUUGUAGCCUCAGGAACCGUAGAAGUUCAAGAACAAGCAGUAGUUUCCAUCAGUUACCGUCACUGGACCAGUGUUCAGCUCCUUCACCAUCAACAUUGUUUUCAUUCUUCACCUCAACACAAACGCUUCUCACAAGACAUGGAAAACAAUAAAGGCAAAGGUGCUAGGUCUGCUGUUAGUGUGGAACCAACUCAUGUAGAAAUUAUUGAUGAGUAUGGAGGUCUGCACCGCCUUGACCUGAAGGUACUAGCAACAGAUGACACUUGGGGUGCGCCAUCACUGCUCUCAGCUAGAGUUCAUGAGGGCAAAGGUUCUGCAGUCUUCUCACAGAAAAAUACACUCAACGAUACCAAGCGGAUGUUGGGCAUUUCUGGGGAUGUUGUUCACAAGAUGAUGGAGCCAUACCUUGGUUGUGGCGUAAAUCUGUCAAACAGUAACCCAACAUACUGUAUAAAUGAUGCUGUUCGAGAGUACAACAAGGAGCACAACACGUCUCUCCCUGAACUUGACAGAGAAACAUAUUUGGCCAGAGUCUUCAACUAUUUUGAAGAUCUUAUUGAUAUUUUCCAAACCAAAGGUCCUGGAGCAGUUCAACCCAUCUAUUACAAGUACUGGCUACAUAGCAAUGCAACAGUAACAGUUCAGAAUGAACAUCGAAGGACAGAAUCUGCUGUCAUUGUUGGAGUGGACAAUUAUGGGUUUUUAGAAGCCCAGCUUGUCUCAGGCACAACUAUCACCCUUCAACCUGAUGGAAACUCAUUCAACAUGAUGGAUGGACUCAUCUAUUCUAAACUUCACUAAACUUCUCAUGGAAAUUGAGAGAAGGAUUAUAUGAACACAGUUUUUGUUUUAAAUUGUGAAGAACAGCAUUGUAUGCCACUGAACAUGACAAAAGCAAGAAAAAUAAAAAGUGCUUGUGAAAGAUACAUACCUGCUUUGUGCACAAGAUAUUUAGUCUAAAAAUGUGCUUUUUUGAAGUUUAAAAGUGAAAGUAAGCUGCUUAAAUUGUUAUAAGCUCAACUGGUUUGAGCAAAUUUUUUGAAGUUUAUCAACAGUGAAAAAAAGGCAAGAAUUGUACUAUACUUAAAAGAUACUUGUAUACAAGACCUAUGUCAGUGUGACUUAGUGUUGAGAAGUCAGAAAUUUACUGCUUGCAGGCUAUGUUGAUAGAGUCAGCUGAGUCAUACAGUAACACAACAUAUAGAAGUAUAGAAUAGAAGCAUUCCAUGUACAUUUUGAAUUUAAAGAUGAACUUAAUGUAUGUACAUUCUCUCAAGUGUGAACUGUGAGGUUUGGUUAUUAUAAUAGAUGCAGGAUGAUGUUAGGAGCACAUGUAGUUGGACAACUUAGUGGAAGCUGCAGAUUUUAACCCUAGUUUGUGUUUUAUGUUCUGGCAGUAUGAUUAGGGUUGUUAAUAGCUUGACUAAUAAUUCCAUCAAUAUUCAAAUGCAAAGAAGAGAAAGCUGUUUAUUGAAAUCUUCUCCAAGAAUUUUAACAAAUAAUCCUAUAAAAUUCUUUUGAAAUUAAUGGAAUGCAUUUUAUAAGUAAGUUCAGUAUCAGCUCAUCUUCCAACCAUCUCAUUCUCUUGUUACCUGCAAAAUGGGUCUAAAAAGGUCAGUUUGUAAAUACUAAUACCAUGUUUCAGUGCUGUUAAAUAAAUGUUUGACCAUUCAUUACUCCAUGGUAGCCUCCAUUAUACUUGUCACUUCCACUUACAUUACCAAUGUCUGCAUAUGGAGCUAUAAACACUUUAAGUUUCAUGUUCAUUAAAAAAUAAUGCAACCUAGUUUUCUUUUGAGCAGUUUUUCUUGGUAGUGGAUUUUGGUAACUAGAUCAGAGCAUCAGUAAUUCAGUAACCAGCUUUUCAGAAUGAUCAGUUUGGAAAAUUUUAUGCCAAAAUUAGUAUAAUUAGUUGCCCAGGAAAUCACAUUGUUCAGACAUUAUUGGAAAUGUUUUCUAUAAAGAGACAAGCAGGGUAAGGUAGGUGUUUUGUUAGUAUAAGAAUUUUUACAUUCCUGUUCAUCUGUGAAUUUUUAAUCUCUAAAACUUUCAUUAGCAUUAAAAAUGUUCUAAUUGUAAAUUUUACUAUGAGGUGUAUUGAAGCCACAACAAAUGUACAGUAGAACCUCGGCUUACGAGUUUAAUCCGUUCUGUGACCUUACUCGUAUCCCAAUCUGCUCAUAUGCUGAGUCAGUUUUCCUUAUUUAAGUUAAUUGAAAUGCCAUUAAUCCGUUCCAACGGAAUUCCUGCUCUCAGGAGGCAGGACAAAAAUACUUCAAUAUGACGCUAAUAUCAACUCUGCGGUUUAUUUAUCUAUCUAUCACAGUUCAUCUAAUAUGACAUAAUGAACAAUAUAAUUAAUAUAGAAACAUGAUAUAUACUCUAGAAUGAAUAAAAUAGGCUUUAAUAUGGCGAGUAGUGGCAGCGGCGUACAUUCCCUCUCCCGCUCUGACUAUAUCUUCCCAUGCUUUUAUUAUAAGAGAAAAUGGAGUGUUUGUGAGGCUAACUGCACUAGUUUCAUAAAUAAGAAAUAUUGUAUAAAAACAUAAUAGAGAAUGUAGAGAAAUAAUGUGGUUUUAUGAAGUGUACAUACGCUGGUGGAGGUGGAGAGUGGAAGAUAGGCUACUUGCUACUAGCUCCUACUGCCACCCCCUCGUUUGUUUAUCUAUGAUUUCAUGCUGUAAUUCCAUGGACAUCAUCCUCUUUUUUUUCAGCACUGUCCUUUGCACUUACUUUCUUAGAACCCAUGGUUAGAAAAAAGAAAUUUGGCAAUAAUAACAUGAGAAAUACUUCCACGGCAACAUAAACACAUUGGACACCUCAGCUGAUGAUGUGGCAUUGGCUGUGCCACCUAGUGGCAAUGCUCUGAAAUUCCUCAUUAUUAUUAUUAUAAUUAUUAUUAUUAUUAAUUUAGGGGACUGGUGCACAGAUCCAAUUCCCUAGAUCAAGAGCCCCUCACCAGCAUCAAGGAACCUCCCUUGAGGGGGAAACUCGCAUCCUGAAUUUUUGCUCAUAUCCAGAAACAAAAAAUCAACCGAGCGACUGCUUGUAUCCUGAAAAACUUGUAUGGUGGGGCACUUGUAAGCCGAGGUUCCACUCUAUGUGUAUGUGUGUUGACAGUCAGCUUGAGUUUUGGAAGCAUUUGGCUUUCAUGAUAUUUAUUUCUACAUUCCUACAAUGUGAAUUGUGAUAUAAUCCAUAGAUCUUCUGUAAUGAUGCAGUGUUAUUUAUAAACUUCUGCAUUAAGCAACAAAUGCAAUAUAUUAUAUGAGCCCCCUGAACGUGGCAUUGCAUUAUCUGCCAAAUUUUCAAGCACUUCAGUAUUUUUACAGCUCUGUGUAGUAGUUGAUUAGACCACUAAUUUAUGUUCUCAGUUGUAAUCAGUGUCAGUGCAGAGUUACAAAGUUUUCUCUAUAGUAAAUAGCUUCAGAUAUUUUCUUUUUUCAAAUGACACAGAGUGAAAUAUCAAGGUAACACAUGACACAAGUUGGGUGAAAUAUCAAGGUAAUACUUACAUGACACAAGUUGGGUGAAAUAUCAAGGUAAUACAUGACACAAGUUGGGUGAAAUAUCAAGGUAACAUUUAUAUGACACAAGUUGGGUGAAAUAUCAAGAUAAUGCCUAUAUGACACAAGUUGGGUGAAAUAUCAAGGUAACAUUAUAUGACACAAGUUGGGUGAAAUAUCAAGAUAAUGCCUAUAUGACACAAGUUGGG